UCACACAGCCAAUGAUAUCACGGAGAGAUGGAGAACGAUUUUUUGUUUCUCAAAGAACCAAUCAUUACCCUUCUUCACUAACAAGGACUUGUUCACAUUCCCUUCUUCUUCCUCCUCCUCCAUAAUCGUCUCUCUUUUGGUCUUUACCCUAGUUUAUAUAUAUACACAUUAGAGGCUGCUUCGACUUCCUUCGAUUUAACAUAUUAUUACGUGUGCGUGAUGGAUUCCGAUCGCUCCUUCGACACGAGCCUCAAUCUCGGUUUAGGCUGUUAUGGGGAACCUGAAGAUCAUGGGAUCAAGAUCAAGAAACCGGUGGCGAAGCUCGGUGAUAAUUGGAUCCCGUCCCUCACGAUAGGGUUGCCCGGCGUGAAGGCGUGUGGACCGGGAUCUGCGAGUGGAGACGAUGUCACGACAUCGUCGUUCUCUAACUCAAGCAGCGUGAAGAGAGAGAAGGCGGAGCAAGGAGAAGAGGAAGCGGUCGAGAGAGUGGCAGUCUCGCCGAGGGCGACUAUCGACAUCGAAGAUGAGGAUGAGUUCAGCCCCAGGAAGAAACUCAGGCUUUCUAAAGCACAAAGUUUCGUUUUGGAAGAGAGCUUCAAAGCGCACACAACCCUCAACACGAAACAAAAGCACGAUUUGGCGAAUCAGUUGAAUCUCCGGCCACGGCAAGUUGAAGUGUGGUUCCAGAAUAGGAGAGCCAGGACUAAAUUGAAACAAACUGAAGUAGAGUGCGAGAUGCUGAAGAAAUGCUGCGAAACCCUAAGGGAAGAGAACAGAAGGUUGAGGAAGGAGUUGCAAGAGCUCAAAUCGUUGAAGCCGACCGCGUCGGUUUAUAGGCAGAUUCCGGCAGCCGCCCUCCCUCUGUGCCCUUCUUGCGAAAGAAUCGGCCAUCCAGAAUUCCCUUUCUCUAAUGACCCUCGACUUUGGCCGAACCGGCCGGCUCAUCCAUCGGCCGCCUGUUAGGCAUAAUCUUUUAGGCAAGAAUCUUACAUAGUUAUACUAGUUUUGGAUUUUUCUUCUUCUGCAUAAAUACUCACCUGGCUCUCUACUUUAUUAAUCGGGUAGUGGAUUCACUGUAGUGACUCGUUUGUUAAGUUUUCAUUGCAUAGAUAUACUUCUUGUGAAUAUAGGAUAUGAUGCGACAUGAAUUGUUCAUGGAUGGUAACAUUGGUCUUUUCAAGGUUCAUCUAUUAAAUUAGGUGUUUAUGUUGA